UAAAGCAUUUGCAUAAUCUAUUAGUGUACCGUGUACGUAAUUUAUUUUUCGUAUACACUUUAAAACGCAACACCAAGCCAACAUACCCGAUAAUGCGAAUAUGGAGACAAUACGCAAUCGCUAUCAUCUCAUUUACUGUGCCCGGGAGGCUGACGGUGCUAGACAAUAUUCACCCCGUUUACUGACUAAGGAAAUCUGGAAAGUUACUCAGACUGUUAAUCGUUUUGUGGUCGGACUACUGUCCUUGGUCCUGUUCAGAGGCCUGUUGUUGACAGUGGUUACGAUUUUCACAAAAGAUUUUGAAUUUACUUCCGUGCCGGAAACUCGUCGCCUAGGGUUCCAAGUGGUAUGGAUCAUUGCAUUUGUCGUACCCUGCGCUGUACUGGCGGCCAGUCCUUUUGCCGCCCAGAUAUAUGCUCUGCAGCUGUAUGUCUCGGUCAGUAAAUUCCGCCGCCGUAGUGACGCGCACGUGAACAAGGAAUGUAUGACGGUGACCGCGGCACGAUGGUUGUGGGCGAGCCGGGAACUGAACACCGUCAUCAACGUGACCUGCAUCACGUCGUUAAUGCACGGAUUCUAUUUGACCAAUUUCACCAUUGCGCACUGUAUACCACCGCGACCGUUUACAGCACAGGCCCGGAUGCUGUUUCCCGUUCUGAUUUUGGAAAGUGUCGUGUACCUUGUGGGCAGUUAUUGCCAGCGCCACAUACCCGAUUUGCAGUCAGCUGUUCUCAGUGCAUGGUAUCAUCAUGAAGUUGACAAUCAUGGAACAGACGAUCUACCAAAGUCGAGACGAAUACUGAAGCUCCUUAAAAAAUCUGUCCAACGAUAUGGAACCGUAACUGUGGAGUAGACUUCAUAAAGGUCCUACAUCCACGUCCGUAUAGCGCUAUGCGUAUGAGUGGAUAUGCAGCAACUCCAAUUCGAAGUCCAGUGUUUAUUAAAUGUAAAACUGUCAGAAUCAAGUGUACUUUAAAAAUCGCAGUUUUGAUGCACAAACAAUGAAGUGGAUAAGACAUCUUUUUAUUUAAUGAAUGUUGUUCUCAAUUUACGUCUUAAACAUUUUUGCGCCACUUCUGUUCUUACAAAAAACUUGUGGUUAUUAUUUAGUAGUUCAACUCUGAUGGGUCAGUGCGUACCAAUAGUUUAAGUGCACCGCCUG